AUGCUCAUCCGACUCACCCCGCAGGCACCGCACCCGACGGUGCUCUUCACCAUUGCCUUCAACAAUCUACCGGAAACACUCCCAAGCCCUUUGUCAUGGGCGAAUCAGCUUAACUGUCUCGCUGCAGACGAGCUCGAUGUCCCGACUAGCCACCACUGUCUAGACAAGGCGGCAUGCAUACCUAGCUUGCUAGAGAGCAUCACGUUCGACUUGACGACGAUGACCGCCAGUUGUAGUUUCGUGGAUGGUGUAACGGCAGAGUGGCCUUUGUUUGAUCCGGGGUGUUUAAAGGCAUUACAUGGAGUGGUGAAUGAUGUUAGCAUGUCUGCGUUGGAGGCGGAGAGGGAACGGUUUAGAGAGAAAGAGGAGGAACAGCAAAGGCUGCUCGACCUCAUGACCCCGCCACCGAGUCCUCUCAAGCCAAAAGGGCACAAAAAGCAGCGAUCUCUGCUCAUGACUAUGAUUGCAUCGCUGGUUCCUCUGGGACGACAGUCUUUGGCGCCGACUCUUCCGACUUCAGCGCCCCCUUCGCCCCCUCCGUCACCGCGACCAGCUGCUUCGUCUUUUGCUUCAUUUCUACCGCCUUCGUCGGGUCCUGAUGCACGAACUUUACGCAGACGAGCGCGUUCUACUCUCGUGGAUACCUUUAGGCGCUACAUUUUACCCGAACUGACCCGCCAUUUCCCUCGAGCCGGCUACUACGCGUGGAUAGUACAAAGCACGCUUCGUCGCGCAUCGAUGCGCGCGAACGCGCUGAUUGAGAAAUCUGGCGGCCACAUACCUGACUUGGGACGGCCACGAAGGGGAGAUUGGAUUGAGUUCGGUCAGGAUCCAUUCCUGGAUACCACAACGGCGUGCACACCUUCAUCGUUGUACGAUGAUGAUGACGACGACACCGAUACCGAUGGUUCUUCUGUGCAUACGCCGUCGUCUUCUCAUUUCAACACUAUGACUAGCGCAUAUACCUCCCAAUUUGCGUCUUCCCAACCAUCGACACCUUAUAAGCGACCCCCUAGCUCACACUCGCUACCGAUGUACACGCCACGGCCUACGCUUUCACCUCAAGAGGUUGAGGAGUACCACAUCCUAGCCAACUUGAUUGCCAGACUUCAGCACCUCUUUAUUGCAGUUCAAUCCCAGAAUACGCAUAUAGAGAACGAUAACGCCCAUCAUGAAGCUAUGCUUGAAAUUCGUUCACGAAGAAGAGCGUGGCUCAAUAGGAACCUCGUUGGUUCUGCUCGCUGCAGUAGUCGAACUAUCGGUCUUUCGAUGCCCUUCCGAAGUUCACCUUUGGCACAGAGCUCGUGGACAUGUGAGGAAUACGAUUUGGUAAUGACGCCGGUCAACCUGGACGCGUUUAUGGAAGAUAGGAAAUUGGAACCUGAUUACGAGUCUCGUCUGUCAGAAGGAGUCAGUCGAUUGCGAUUGAGCGACGGUCCCAAGCUGUUCCCAGUGGUGGAGGAGAGUGAAGGGGAUUUCGAGGAUGAACAGGCGUUUGUUUCGCGGGAAUUUGGGAUGGAGUUCGGUAUCGAUCUGGAGGCCCAGCGGUCCCCACAGAUUGGCGAAAGUGGCGAUAUGGAAGUAGGGAGCGAGGGUCUGCAAGUGGAAUUCGAUACACCGCAUAUACGCCCACGUUUACGGACAAGCAGUAUGAUGGCGCAUCGUCGGCGUUUUGACGACCUACCAACUUCCGACGAGUUCCCUUCCUCACCGUCGUCUUCAUGCUCGACGUUGCUCUCUACCCCUCCUCCAUCACCGCCCGCCCUCUUAUCUUCCCCGCAGAUGCAGCUGGACUCGACGUCGCUGCUAUGUCAGCCGCUGAAGCGUACCUCUUCAGUCGAAAUGACAGACAGCACGAUGUCUACAGAUCUGGAACGGUCGCAAAUUUACUCGGACAUGGACGUGGACAUGGGUGCUUACGAAUUUGGGAAUAUGAAGCGUCCUCAGGAUCAGGAGUUCACUCUAGGAAUGGAUCUUCCUCUUAGAAUCCCCAUCCCUGUGCGGGGUCGCAAGCAGCAGCAGCAGCUCCAACACAUACGAGAGCCACGCCCCCUCCCGAGCUACGGAAUGCCCACGGACGAGGAUGAAUGGGACAUGAAUUCAUCUGGUUUGGGAGAUUCCUUGGCUGUCGAGUGUCGAUGA